ACUGCUCACCCCGCCCGUAUUUUAUAACCGACCAAUCAGAGAGGGAGUGGGCGGAGUCAGGGAUACCAGUGGAGGAUUCAAACGGAAGAUGGCAGCGGAUAAAGAUUCCAAUAAAAAUACACAAAACAGAAGGGGUACGGUGUGUAACGUGGUGAUCAGCCAGGAUGCAGGGGGAUCUUGGGGCGGCAGUGGGGUUGGUGGCCGCCCGCCCGUCAUCUUCAACCCAGACUUCUUUGUGGAGAAGCUACGUCACGAGAGACCUGAGGUGUUUCAAGAGCUGGUGCUUAGCAACAUCAGCCGCCUCAUCGACCUUCCCGGUGCGGAGUUCUCUCUGCUGUUAGGGGACGAGGGAGGGCCCAAGACACCCACAGGGGCCGGAGGGGGAUUCUUCCGCUCCUUCAACUUCCUCAAACGUAAAGAUAAGGAAGUGGUGUUCGGGACUCCUCUGACAGAGGGAGGCAUCGCCCAGAUUUACCAGCUCAUCGAAUACCUCAGCAAGAACCUGCAGGUAGAGGGUCUGUUCAGGGUGCCAGGUAACAGUGUGCGGCAGCAGGCCCUGAAGGAGCAGCUGAACAGUGGCGCAGACAUCGACCUGGAGGCAGGGGGCUUCCACCCCAACGACGUGGCCACCCUCCUCAAGACCUUCCUGGGAGAGCUACCUGAACCCCUCCUCACGCACCAACACUUCCAUGCUCACCUCAAAAUAGCAGACAUGACUCUGUUUGAUGAGAAAGGCAACAAGACGUCAGUACCUGAUAAGGAGCGUCAGAUUGAGGCCUUACAGCUCCUCUUCCUGCUGCUGCCCCAGGCCAACCGCAGCCUCCUCAAACUGAUCCUGGACCUGCUCUACCACACCGCCAAGCAGCAGGACAAGAACAAAAUGUCAGCCUUCAACCUCGCCCUCAUGUUUGCCCCCCACGUCGUGUGGCCCAGAGAUAUGGUGGCCAGUGACCUCCAGGAGAAUCUGAAGAAGCUUAACAACGGCAUGGCCUUCCUCAUCAAACACUCCCAGAAACUAUUCAGGGCUCCUAUGUACAUGAGGGAGCAUGCCAGAAUGCACUUCACAGGAUCUAAGACCCUGCAGACCAAGGAUGAUAUUGACCUGUUAUCUGUGACUGGUUUCCCUGCCCCUGUUCCCUGGAAGAGGUGUUGUGCUGACCCGUCUCAGUACCUGUCCCCCUCCUCGUCGUCCCAGGGCCAGCAGCACCAUACGGAGGAGUCCCUGAAGGAGCUGUUCAGACACGUCCAUGACAACAUGCCCAACUCUGCCAAGAAGAAGAAACUCCUACGACAGCUUGCUAAACAGACCACCCCCGGCCUGGCCCCAGGGACACCCAUCAACAACUAUCAGCCCCCCCCGGCCCAGAGCAAGAAACACCCCCGCUCCCGCUCCUUCGGUGGAUUCAUCAAGAGGAGACAUAAGGGGGACCAACAGGCGUUGGAGAGGAGGGGCAGACAGAUCUCCCCGGAGAUGGUUGCUGCGGCUAUGGGACGGCUGGGAAAGGAGAACGUCGUCCUGCAGUCGGGGAACAGUCCGGUGACAGUGAAUAAUAGUACUCCAGUCGGGGUCAAGGCCUCUGACAGCAUGGCCCUCAAUAGAGAGAGGGGACUCAAACUAUCAAAGGACUCUCCAUCCAUCUCCAGAAUGUGUUUAUCUCCCUCCCUAGAAACGUCGAUGUAGAGGAUUGGUACUAGCAACACUGGACUUGGUUUUUUGUUGUCCUUUUUUUCUUCUUUUAUCAAGUAAACUAUAUUGUAACUUUCUAAAUCUGUGACGAAUACAACAUUAGUCCCCAGCCAGACAUGGGUUGCAUCCCAAUAAUCUCUUCUUUCUCCUGAAGUGUGCACUUGUUCACUUCCCUCAAUGGGUUUGAAAGGAAAUGACUGGAAUACCUAUAUGGAAACUCCUUCUAGCCCAUGCCUACACAAUCCAAGACUUUUACAUUGUGUGGGGAGUAGUGAAUGAGUGCACACUUCAGGGGGAGAGAUUAUUGGGACGUAACCCAGGAAAGUACAAGACCAACUCUGUUAAGUGUGGAGUCAGGGACAGAAGGGAGAUUUCUUUGGUCUGUUUGGGGUCUGAGUGCCACUCAUAACUUGAAACAGUUUUGUCAGACACUUUUACAGUUGUCCACUAGCUGAGCCUACAUAAAUACUUUUACAGUUGACCACUAGCUGAGCCUACAUAGAUACUUUUACAGUUGACCGCUAGCUGAGCCUACAUAGAUACUUUUACAGUUGACCACUAGCUGAGCCUACAUGGAUACUUUUACAGUUGACCACUAGCUGAGCCUACAUAGAUACUUUUACAGUUGACCACUAGCUGAGCCUACAUAGAUACUUUUACAGUUGACCACUAGCUGAGCCUACAUAGAUACUUUUACAGUUGACCACUAGCUGAGCCUACAUAGAUACUUUUACAGUUGACCACUAGCUGAGCCUACAUAGAUACUUUUACAGUUGACCACUAGCUGAGCCUACAUAGAUACUUUUACAGUUGACCACUAGCUGAGCCUACAUAGAUACUUUUACAGUUGACCACUAGCUGAGCCUACAUAGAUACUUUUACAGUUGACCACUAGCUGAGCCUACAUAGAUACUUUUACAGUUGACCACUAGCUGAGCCUACAUAGAUACUUUUACAGUUGACCACUAGCUGAGCCUACAUAGAUACUUUUACAGUUGACCACUAGCUGAGCCUAC